AUGCAUACAUUCAAUCUAGUGCUCUUACUGGGCAGUGUGGCCGUUCUUGUUGCCGGUCAGGCAGAGUCAUAUACUGUGACCUUCUCCAAGCCAACAACAUUCGCUACCGCCAACUCGAAUACCCUCUUUGCAAAUGGCGUGAGCCCUGCGUUGCCGUUAUCACAAUUUACCUUCAGCGCUGCUCGAGGCGUCAAUUUUGAAUCGGGGCAGCCCGACACCAAACCCUACCUCACAACGCCGUUCUCCAUCAUCCGCCCAGUCGAUGUCUAUUCGAGCGAAUUACUCCUCGCCAUGACGACUUCUGCCACGUUCCCGACCGUGAAUGUGCGCUCGUCUCAGAAUGCGAAUAAGGGCUACACUUUCACCGGAGUCCAAGUGGUCGGGUACCAACACCAGAAGCAAGAUGGGAUUGCGCUGGAGCAGAUCCAAUUGUCCUCCGAAUCCCUUCAGGUAAACUACCCAAUGCUGACUGGUACCGGCGUAGACCAAGUCCGGUGGGAUAUCGGCGCGGCGGCAUAA